AUGCAGAAGGCUUCGCCGCUGUAUGCGCCCGCCCUGUCAAACCGUCCACGUCUCUCUAUCGUGCCGCCGGUGCGGAUGCGGAACGCAUGCAGGCAGCACCGGUCUGGCUGGGCCGCAAACACGCUGGCCGCUCGGGCGCCGGAACUCGACGAGCAGCCCGUCAGUCGGCUGAGAGGCGGUGGCCGCGGUCUGCAGCACGCCGAGCACGAUGGCGGCGGCCUCGGGACUCUUCGUGCAUGCGGAGGCCGCGUCUUCUUCUCUGAUUAG